GUCCCUAAGCUUCUUAGAGUUCCCAAGUUCAUUCACCAACAAGCACUUCUUAAAGCACAUUUGUAUCCUAAUAAUAUUAUCACUUUUUAAUUAAUUUCUAUACUAAAAUAACAUGGUUGUAUAUACUGACAAUGAUGAGUACACAUCUCCAAUCUCUCCAACGAGGUUGUUCAAGGCCUUGGUGGUUGAUUCUCACAACCUCAUUCCAAAACUCCUGCCACAGGCUGUCGCCGGCAUCCAGCUCAUUCACGGCGACGGCGGCACUGGAAGCAUAAGGCAGAUUAACUUUCUUGAAGGUGGGGAAGUGAAAAGUGUUAAGAACAGGGUUGAUGAGAUAAACGAGGAGACGUUAACUUACAGUUACACUGCAAUAGAAGGUGAUGCAUUGAAGGACAAGUUUGCAUCAAUUGCUUAUGAGGCUAAGUUUGAGGCAGCACCAAAUGGUGGCAGCAUUAAUAAGAUGACAACAAAGUAUUAUACUAAAGGUGAUGUUGAGAUCACUCAAGACGAAAUUAAGAUUGGGAAGGAGAGGGUAUUGGCCAUUUACAAAGUUGUGGAAGCAUAUCUUCUUCAAAAUCCUCAUGUUUAUGCUUGAUUUUAAUUUAUAGAGAUUAUUAUUAUUAGGUAUAAUUUCUAGUUAAUUAUUAUCAAUAAUAAUAACCCUAUAAGUCUCUUAGGUCUGUUUCAUAGUAAAUGUAAGAGAGUCUGAAAUAUGCUUGCAAUUCACAUAAGUCAUAAAUAUCAAAUCAAAGGAUAUCAACAAGCUUUUGAUGCUUGACAAUA